UAAACCGCUUUACGUCAGAGGAAAAACAUGACGACGUCCUAAAAUAAAAAAGUUGUAGAAUAAAACAACUCUAUUUAAAGACUGAGGCGGAUAUUAUCCGUGUUUUCAUUCUGUUGUGACGAGUAACUUAUUCUUGUCCUCCAGUUAAACAGUUAAAGCGCACACACAUAUCUGCAGUGCUUCAUAAACACCUCUGCGAGUGUGGAUAUAAUAACGUUACUGGUCAAAGGGCAUCAAUGGCACUCGUGUUCAGUUCUGCGUUCAGAAAAAAGGGUCUGUUCGUACCUUUCCUGAACGCUGUUAGAGGAAUGUCUUCAUCCGGAGGGCCCACCCCCCCCUUCACAACCCUGUCAGUCAGCCGGCCAGUGGACACCGUCACUCACGUCGAGAUCUGCCGUCCAGAGAAACGCAAUGCAAUGAACAAGGCAUUCUGGCUUGAAAUGGUUGACUGCUUCAAUCAGAUAGCUGAAGACUCGGAGUGUCGUGUCGUGGUUUUCUCAGGCGCUGGAAAGCUCUUCACUUCCGGUAUUGACCUCAUGGGCAUGGCCAGUGAUAUCCUACAGCCUGACGGAGAUGACACCGCCAGGAUCUCAUGGAACUUGCGCCGCACCAUAGCUAAAUACCAAGAGAGCUUCUCUGUUAUUGAAAAGUGUCCAAAACCAGUGAUUGUGGCUGUUCACGGUGCAUGUAUAGGAGGAGGAGUGGACUUGAUCACAGCAUGUGAUAUACGACUGUGUACGCAGGAUGCCUGGUUUCAGAUCAAGGAGGUGGACAUUGGUUUGGCAGCUGAUGUCGGGACUUUGCAACGUCUCCCCAGAGUGAUUGGAAGUCGAAGUCUAGUGAAUGAGUUGGCUUUCACUGCAAGGAAACUGCAUGCUGAUGAAGCCAAGAGCUGUGGAUUGGUCAGCCGUGUGUUCCCAGAUAAAGAGGCUAUGAUGGCCGGAGCUCUGGAGAUGGCAGGAGAGAUCGCCAGCAAAAGUCCUGUAGCAGUGCAGGGAACCAAAGUCAACCUCGUUUACUCCAGAGACCACAGUGUUGCAGAUUCCCUGGACUACAUGAGCACCUGGAAUAUGAGCAUGCUCCAAACCCAAGAUCUAAUGAAGUCAGCGCAGGCCGCGAUGGAGAAGAAAAGCCUCAAAGAAAUCAUUUUCUCCAAGCUCUGAGCGUCCACACACCCGACACCACCCGUCGAGUUAGAUCUGAUCCGCCCGCUUGCCUAAAGCAUAUCUCGCGAUGACGAGCGUCAAGUCCGUCUUCACCUUCAGUGAACUCUACGGGUUUGGUGUUGAGUCUUUCUUGGACUGGUUCAUUCAAAUGAAAGUUUGAUUUAAUGUUUUCUACGGGUGCCUUAACGUCUGGCUCACAGAUGUCAGAUAACUAACCAAAAAAAUGCUAAACAUGUUCAGUGCUGAAUGCACACUAAAAUCUAAAUGUGUACAGGUACCGAAAAUGAAAUAAAAAAUGCUAAAAUGAG